GUAUCGAUACUCCGCCAUCCCAAUUGUGUGCGUCUAUUUCUGCUGCAGCAUUUUCAAUAUUCGUUUUCGACUGGGAAACUGUGCACAAUAUCAAAUAAAAGUAUAAAAAAGUGUUGCACAAUGAACACUCUCGGUCCUAAAAAGGACGGAAGUCCCAACGUUGAGUUUUUUCAAUCACCUGAGACGCUGCAAGGUUUUGAGUCUAUACGGCUAUGGCUACAAAAGAAUUGUAAAAAGUACUUGGCGCAUAGCUCGGAGCCAAUAACAAAGGAAUCACUUGCACAGUUGCUAAUACUAUUCUUGCAAUAUGUGGAAGCAAAAUUGGGGAAAAACUCGGCAGAACCGCCGGCGACGAGAAUCCCGAUGCGUUGUUUUUUGGAUUUCAAAAACGGUGGAGGGCUAUGUAUAAUUUUCUCUACCAUGUUUCGUUUUCGCGCCGAGCAACGUGGCAAGAAAUUUGACUUUUCCAUUGGCAAGAAUCCUACCAGAAAGGAUCCUAACAUACAAUUACUGAUCGAGAUCGAGCAAGCUUUAGUGGAGGCAGAUCUCUAUCGUAUACCCUACAUUUACAUCAGACCAGAGAUUGAGAAGAGUUUUGAAACACGACUACGUGAGAUUCUUGACAAUCGACGUGUUGAAAUUGUCACCGACGAGGAAGAUGCCACGCACAUUGUCUAUCCCGUGGUGGAUCCACAUCCCGAUGAAUAUGCUCGACCUAUAUUCAAGCGUGGCAAUCAUGUAAUGCUUCAUUGGUACUACUUCCCAGAGUCAUAUGACUCCUGGACACUGAAUAGUUUCGAUUUGCCUGAUAAUAUACCCGAGAAUCCGGAAUCGCCCGCAGAGCGUUGGCGGGUGUCUGCCUCGUGGAUUUUGGAUCUGGAGCAGUACAACGAGUGGAUGGCAGAGGAAGACUACGAGGUCGAUGAGUUGGGCAAAAAAAAGACGCACAAACAGCGUAUGUCCAUUGAUGACAUAAUGUCCUUUGGCGAUGACAAAAAGAAGCCGACCACGAGCAGUGGCACUGGUAAACAGAAGCGACGUCGCUCUCCAUCGCCCACUACCUCCACAUCCACAUCGAAGCCGGGCAAGCGAAAGCGCUCCCCAGCAGUCAUACACAAGAAGUCGCGCAACGAUGACGAUGAUGAAGAUCUUACUCGGGAUCUCGAUGAUCCACCGGCGGAGCCUAAUAUCCAGGAAGUGCACAAGGCAACGCAUUCGGCACUGCAAUCGACUGCUAGCCCAGCACCUGGCGGAAAAUCGCGUGCGGACAACGAUAUGAUGCCUAUUAAGGGUGGCACCAUGACUGAUCUGGACGAUGAAAUGACUGGCGGCAGUGCUGCCCAAGCGAUGUCAGCUGGCGAUGGCGACAAUUCACAGACGGGCAAGACCAGCGACAACAGCAAUACCCAAGAAUUCUCAUCGUCUGCCAAGGAAGACAUGGAGGAUAAUGUGACCGAGCAGACGCAUCACAUCAUUGUUCCCUCCUAUUCCGCCUGGUUUGACUACAACUCAAUUCAUGUAAUUGAAAAACGCGCCAUGCCUGAAUUCUUCAACAGCAAGAACAAAUCGAAGACACCAGAGAUUUACAUGGCUUAUCGCAAUUUCAUGAUUGACACCUAUAGGCUAAAUCCAACUGAAUACUUGACGAGUACCGCUUGUCGCCGUAACUUGGCUGGCGAUGUGUGCGCCAUAAUGCGAGUGCAUGCAUUUUUGGAGCAGUGGGGUCUAAUCAAUUACCAGAUUGAUGCCGAUCUGCGUCCAACGCCUAUGGGCCCGCCGCCCACUUCGCACUUCCACAUACUGUCGGAUACACCAUCAGGCUUGCAGGCGAUUAAUCCGCAGAAGACACAACAGCCAUCGGCAGCCAAGACACUACUUGAUCUUGACAAGAAACCGCUGGGCAAGGAAGGUGGCGUGGAUUGCGAUAAAGGCAGCGGUGGUGCGUUGGGCAUUAAGACGGAGACACUGGAAAACGGUGCAGCCAGUGGGUUGGCCUCUGGAGUCAGCCAGUUUGGUCUGAAGCUGGAUCAGUAUGCCAAAAAGCCGGCGGCCAUGAAGAAUCGUACGGCGGCGAGCAUGUCGCGGGAGUGGACCGAUCAGGAGACGCUGCUCCUACUCGAGGGUCUCGAGAUGCACAAGGACGACUGGAACAAGGUGUGCGAGCAUGUGGGUACUCGCACCCAGGACGAAUGCAUUUUGCACUUCUUGCGUCUGCCUAUCGAGGAUCCGUACCUGGAAGACGAUGGCGGCUUUUUGGGACCGCUCGGCUGCCAGCCAAUUCCAUUUAGCAAGUCUGGCAAUCCAAUUAUGUCGACAGUGGCAUUCUUGGCAUCCGUGGUGGACCCACGUGUUGCGGCUGCUGCUGCGAAGGCUGCUAUGGAGGAAUUCGCUGCCAUCAAGGACGAGGUGCCCGCUACCAUAAUGGACAACCAUAUGAAAAACGUGGAGAAGGCUUCGUCUGGGGGCAAAUUCAAUCCCAACUUUGGUCUGGCGAAUAGCGGCAUUGCUGGCACAGGGAACGACAAGGACGAUGAUGAAUCAAAGGAGGGCAACAACACCAGCUCCACUGCAGCCGGCAACGAUGAAGAUGCAAAAGAUGUUAACAAAAAAGACGACGAUGCAAAGUCUAAAGACAAAACGAAAUCGGAUAAGCUCGGCACCGCCACAGACUCGAGUUCCACAUCAGCAACAUCGUCAACAACAACAACACCAACUACAACAACAGCAGGAGCCGCAGCAGCAGCCACAUCAAAUAGCACAGACAAAAAGUCGAAAGAUUCGUCGCCGUCGUCGGCCGCAGCCGACAAAAUCAAUAAAACCGACAAGACGGGCAAGACGGCUUCCAACUCCUCACCCACAGAGACUGGAGCGAGCAACGAUAUUGAGAUCAAGACCGAGGAUAACAGUGGAGACGGCGAGACGAAGGAUGGUAGCAACGAUGCCAGUAGUGGUGGUGCUCCUGCCAAGGAUGGAGCUUUCAGCGAGAACAAUAUGCAAACGGCAGCUGCGGCCGCCUUGGCAUCGGCAGCUGUCAAAGCGAAACAUUUGGCAGCGCUGGAAGAGCGCAAGAUCAAGUCACUGGUGGCGCUGUUGGUGGAGACACAGAUGAAGAAGCUGGAAAUUAAGCUGCGGCAUUUCGAGGAGCUGGAGGCCACCAUGGAGCGGGAGCGUGAGGGCCUUGAAUAUCAGCGACAGCAGCUCAUUACGGAGCGUCAACAAUUUCACCUUGAGCAGCUGAAGGCGGCCGAGUUUCGAGCGCGCCAACAGGCGCAUCACCGUCUGCAGCAGGAGCUGCAGCAACAGGGCCAGGUGGGUGCCGCUGUAGGUGCCAUGGCGAUGCCACCACAGCAGCAGCAGCAGCAACAACAACAGACGCUACCGCCGCCUCCGCAUCAACAGCAUGCUCAACAACAGCAGCCGCAGCAACAGCAUCCACUUCAGCCACCGCCACCGCAGCAGCUGGGAGCGCCUGCGGUGCAGCAUCAACCGUUGCCGUCACACGUGGCUGCAGCCGCACCACCAAAUGGUGCACCGUUCACAGCACCGACAGCUGUCGUUCCGGCGGCCACAGCGCCGCCAACACCACCAGGCGAACUUCCUGCACCAAGCACUCAAGCGCCGACGCCAAUGGACACUACGCCGCCAGCUAGUGCACCACCUGUUGCCGAAGCCGCCAGCGUGGCAGCAGUUGCGCCCAGCUCAGCGCCUGCUCCGAGCAUUCCUGCGGCAAGCGUCGCUGCUGCUAAUCCUCCUCCUCCUUCAUCUUAAAGCUAUUUGUAGGCAUCAGAAAAACUUUAGCUAUAAGUUGCACGCUCUCAGUAUGUAUUGUAUGCUCGUCUCCCCUCCUCCACCUCCUGUCCCAUAACCCAAUUGUCAUCAACUCCCGCUUGCAAGUCCUUUAUUAGAUUAUUUUAACAAUUUUUGUAGAGCCGUGGUGGCGCUCAGUCUUUGGCUGGGCACCUUUCCAAUAUACACAAUUUUGAACCGAGUUUCAAAUCCAAAACCGCAUUAAAAUAAAGUCUAUUCAUAUGUACG